AAAUAUUUGUUUGACAACAACUACAACAACAAUAGCUAUUGCUGCGGCUGCUAAAACUAUAUAUAUAUCAGCAACGAAAUAACAUUGAACUUAAGCCGAUUGGCAGCUAAUUGUAUGUCUACGAUACAAGUCUAAGCAAAAACUAAUGGUCCACUAACUGCAUAUUUCCGACCGGGACACUCCAGCAACAUUCGCAUUACAAUAACUAAUACAACCCAUGUGAACGAACUGCAGCCAAAAUGUCGAAGAGACCACGAGGGCAUAUACACAAAAUUCGUGAAUUCGAAUUGGAAAAGAUCCAACUGGUGGAUGAAUUCGAUAUCAUUCAAAUUGUGGGCGAGGGCUGGUUUGGCAAAAUACUGCUGGUGGAACAUCGCGGAUCUCAGACUGAAAUGGUGCUCAAGGCAGUGCCCAAGCCGUAUGUCACCUUGCGCGACUUCUAUCGCGAGUUUCACUACGGACUCCACCUGGGCGUCCAUCGGCACAUUGUGACCACGUAUGACGUGGCCUUUGAGACGGCUGGCUUCUAUGUGUUCACCCAGGAGUAUGCACCACUGGGUGAUCUGACUUCAAAUGUGACCGAGACAGGUGUGGGCGAGGUGUACAGCAAACGCAUUGCUAAACAAUUGGCCUCCGCCAUAGAUUAUAUGCAUUCAAAAGACAUUGUGCAUCGAGACAUUAAACUUGAUAAUGUACUCAUAUAUCGCUCGGAUUUUCAACGCGUGAAGCUCUGUGAUUUCGGAGAAUCCUAUCAAACUGGUACCGUCGUGGAAAGGCGCAACGAAUGGCUGCCCUACAGUCCCCCAGAAGUAUUAGAAGUCAAGCCCGAAGGCACCUACAAAGCCGAUCCCAGUCACGAUGUCUGGCAGUUCGGCAUCGUUAUAUUCGUCUGCCUAACGGGCUGUCUGCCCUGGCAAAAGGCAUCCUCAGAGGAUCCACGCUAUGUGCGCUAUCUGGUGUGGCAGGGCAGCAUAAUGAUGAUGCCGCUGCGGCGAACACCCAAACUUUUUAAGCUUCUGACAUCGCGUGCGCAGCGCAUGUUUAAACGUUUCCUGGAGCCACGCAGCGGAAACAGACCAAAGAGCCUGGGCGAUUUGACCAAGUUCAUGGACGAUCGCUGGCUGGCCAAGACGGCGGAGAAGGAGAUGGCCGAGUAUGAGACAGACGAGCUAUGCCCCUCAAUGUAUUCCUUUCACAGCAGUCCCGACGAGAAGAAUCGCCUGCUCUACACACUGGCUGACUGUGGCAUCGAGACCAAUGUCGAUCGAAUGCAGAAAAAGAAUCGCAUAAAAGACUGGAUAGAGUCGUCCAUUAUCACAGAGGAGGAUGAGGAGGAGAACGAGGAGACCAAUUCGGCAUCGCCAUCUUCGUCAGUUUCGCGUGAGCCUGUGCCCGGUCACAUCUCCUCCAUACGCCAGCCUCAGCAGCCGGACAAGCCCAAGGAAAUCAAGAGCACACUGAAAGAUGCCACACAGAAGCACUUCGAUCCACGCACGGGCGCACUGCAGCAGGGACCCAGCGAAAUGGGCAUGGCCAUGCACUCGUCCAAGUCCAUUAACCUGGCCUCAACGUCGACGCUCAAUAAUGCAGACAGCAUGCUGACCCUGGGCUCCAGGCAGGACAUGCUGGCCAGCAAUCUGACCAUUUACAACUCUAUGGAAAUGGAGCUUAACCGCCUAGGUAAGGGUCAGCCGGCACUUCUCCAAGUCGACGGCUUUUUAAACCAGUCACAGAGCAGCAGCCUACUAACCUCGCUCGACGAGCCGCACGUUGUGCACGCCUCCACUCCUGCUAAGAACUCCAUUGGCGUCGGCACCCGGGCGUCCACCAAGAGUAUUCUCCAGCGCUCCAAAUCCGACUCGCUGCAAACGGCCAUGUAUGCCAGCAUGCCGGCCAUUGACAACGCCAACUCCUACACCGCUUUUAACAACAAUAACCAGAGCCUGCCGCCCCUGCAGCCGCUGCAGAGCAGCCAGGUGCCCAAUGGCAGCGCCUUCUUCAUGGGUGGCAAUAGCAAUAUUGGUAACAAGACUAAUCAGAGCAAGACGGUGACAUUUACGGGUUUGACUAAUGCCUUCCAAUCGCUUGCGCAACUCCCAGUGCUGUCUAAUCCCGUAGCACCUGCAGCGGUGCCUCCUCCAAUGCAAUCGAAUUAUUUUAAUCGCUUCCACAAUGAUUCUCAAGUCAAAGACAGCGCAUACGGAUCGGCCGACGUGAACGACACUCUGAAACCAAGUCAUCUCCAUGUCAGCAAUAAUCCGCCAAGGCAAAUGGUAUACAAUGGCGCACGUGAAUCGAACUCACACAUGAAGGACACGGCCUACGACCGUGUUGUGAUCACCAACAGCAACAGCGCGCGAAAGCGAAGAUAGCUUCAGCUACACAUAAAUCCAUACAUUAUAUAUACAAUUUGCAAGUUCCAAUAAAUAUUAAACGUAAAUUUGUUAACA